AUGUCUGCUAAAGAAGUAAAAUUCUCCUCCGACGCCCGUGAGCGCAUGCUCCGCGGCGUUGACACUCUCGCAAACGCCGUCAAGGUGACCCUCGGCCCGAAAGGCCGGAAUGUCGUUCUCGACAAGGCCUUUGGCGCACCGCGCAUCACCAAGGACGGUGUAUCGGUUGCCAAGGAAAUCGAACUGGAAGACAAGUUCGAAAACAUGGGCGCCCAGAUGGUGCGCGAAGUCGCUUCCAAAACCAACGACAUCGCUGGUGACGGCACGACCACAGCGACCGUUCUGGCCCAGUCCAUCGUCAAGGAAGGCGCCAAGGCUGUUGCAGCCGGCAUGAACCCGAUGGAUCUGAAGCGCGGCGUCGACAUGGCUGCUGCUGAAGCCGUCAGAGCGCUGGAAUCUGCUUCCAAGACCAUCACAACUUCCGAAGAAGUUGCACAGGUCGGCACCAUUUCCGCAAACGGUGACGAGCAGGUCGGUCAGGACAUUGCCGAAGCCAUGCAGAAGGUCGGCAACGAAGGUGUUAUCACCGUCGAAGAAGCCAAGUCCCUGGAAACCGAGCUGGAAGUCGUUGAAGGCAUGCAGUUCGACCGCGGCUACCUUUCUCCGUACUUUGUCACCAAUGCCGACAAGAUGCUGGCUGACCUGGAAAAGCCGUUCAUCCUGCUGCACGAGAAGAAACUCUCCAACCUGCAGGCCAUGCUGCCGAUCCUGGAAUCUGUCGUACAGUCUUCCCGCCCGCUCCUCAUCAUCGCUGAAGAUGUUGAAGGCGAAGCACUGGCAACCCUGGUUGUCAACAAGCUGCGCGGCGGCCUGAAAAUUGCUGCUGUCAAGGCUCCUGGCUUCGGUGACCGCCGCAAGGCCAUGCUGGAAGACCUCGCGAUCCUGACCGGUGGUACCGUGAUCUCCGAAGAUCUCGGCAUCAAGCUGGAAAACGUUUCUCUCGACAUGCUCGGCACUGCCGAGAAAGUUGCCAUCACCAAGGAAACCACGACUAUCGUUGACGGUGCCGGUUCCAAGGAAGACAUCGAUGGCCGCGUCGGGCAGAUCAAGGCGCAAAUCGAAGAAACCACUUCCGACUACGACCGCGAGAAACUUCAGGAGCGCCUGGCGAAACUCGCAGGUGGUGUUGCAGUAAUCCGCGUUGGCGGUGCGACCGAAAUCGAAGUGAAAGAGAAAAAAGACCGCGUCGAUGAUGCUCUGAACGCAACUCGUGCUGCUGUUGAAGAAGGCAUCGUUGCAGGUGGUGGUGUUGCUCUGCUUCGUGCAAAGAAUGCUGUCGCCAAACUGACUUCUGCAAAUUCCGACAUCGCAGCCGGCAUCAAGAUCGUUCUGCGUGCCCUGGAAUCCCCGAUCCGCCAGAUCGUCGAAAACGCUGGUGUUGAAGGUUCCAUCGUCGUUGGCAAGAUCCAGGAGAACGAUGACGACACAUUCGGCUUCAACGCUCAGACCGAAGAAUUCGUCAACAUGAUCGAAGCCGGCAUCAUCGACCCGACCAAGGUUGUUCGUACGGCUCUUCAGGAUGCAGCAUCCGUUGCCGGCCUCCUGAUCACAACCGAAGCAAUGGUCGCAGAGCUUCCGAAGAAAGAAGCAGCCCCGGCAAUGCCAGGUGGCGACAUGGGCGGUAUGGGCGGCAUGGGCUUCUAA